AGCAAAUCCUGGAAGUAACUGGAAAAAAAAAAAGCAGUUUUCAACACCAAGGUCUUGUAGAAAUUUGCCUGAUGCAUCCCCUUGAUGUAGUGAAAACAAGGUUCCAAAUUCAAAGAGGGAAAACUGAUCCGACUGGUUACAAGAGCCUGGGGGACUGUUUUAGGACUAUUUUCCAACGAGAAGGAUUGUUUGGCUUCUACAAAGGAAUAUUUCCUCCCAUCUUGGCUGAGACACCCAAAAGGGCAGUGAAGUUUUUCACCUUUGAGCAAUAUAAGAAGCUGCUAGGAUAUGCAACAUUACCACCAGGACUGGCAUUUGCAGUUGCUGGCUUGGGAUCUGGGUUGACAGAGGCAGUUGUGGUUAACCCUUUUGAAGUAGUAAAAGUUACCUUACAGGCAAAUCGGAAUGCCUUCACAGAGCAACCAUCUAGCUUUGUUCAAGCUCGGCAGAUCAUUAAAACCGAUGGUCUGGGCUUCCAAGGGCUCAACAAAGGUCUUACUGCAACACUAGGCCGUCACGGAGUUUUCAACAUGGUUUACUUUGGAUUCUACUUCAAUGUGAAAAACAUUCUUCCAGUCAAUAAGGAUCCAAAUUUGGAGUUUUUGAGGAAAUUUGGAAUUGGGCUAGUCUCAGGAACAAUAGCCUCAAUUAUUAACAUUCCUUUUGAUGUUGCAAAAAGUAGGAUUCAAGGACCACAGCCAGUUCCUGGAGAGAUCAAGUACAGAACCUGUUUUAAAACUAUGGCAACAGUCUAUAAAGAGGAAGGAUUUCUGGCUCUGUACAAAGGCUUGGUUCCCAAGAUCAUGAGGCUUGGACCAGGUGGUGCAGUGAUGCUUUUGGUUUACGAAUACGUUUAUGCAUUGCUUCAGGACACAGUUGAUCACAAGUAGCACUUCUGAAAAAAAUGUGCUCUUUAAAAUUAUAUACAUACUAAAAUACACUUUAAUAAAGUAAAAGUGAUUCUCAUCCUUUACGGUGUUGAAUGCCUUCAGAUUGAACUGAUGUUAAUACAGUUCAAAACAUGUUUGGUUUUCAGGUCCUGAUCCAAGAAGACAUUUAAGCAUAUGCUUUUCUGUAAGUGCAUAAGUAAAUAGCACAGUUAAUAUUUGUUAUUGUUUUAGUGGAUGAAGAGAAAAUAUAAAGGAGACAUAGGAACAAAUUAGUUUUUCAAGAACAAACUGAAAAUUAUGGACACUGAAUUACACAAUGUAGUCAACACACCUUUUAAAAAUUUCAGUUGAAGUGGCAAGAUAACAACAUUCAGGAGAUUUCAAAGAAAAAAAAUUAAUCCUCUGGGGCCAGAUACUAAGCUAGUGCAAACUGACAACUUCAUUGUUUCCAGGUUAAGAACAUGAACCCAUACUCUGCAAACUCUUGUGUCAGUCUUGGGUCCAGUUUCAGUUCAGUCCAGGACAAUUUCAACAUUGAUAGAAGAGCAUCUUAAGUUGUUGGGAGUUAGGAUAGAAACAGGACAGCACAACUAGCCACAACCUUGAAGUCACACAUACAUACUGUUAAAUAUCCUACUUGUUCUUAGCCAUAUAUAUUGUAUAAAUCUCACUCAAGUCACAGAAGAUACUGCAUAUAAUUAGUCUGAAUUAAGUUACAUAAAAGUGCAAAACAACCAUGGGAAUCAUAAAAGAAAUGAGUAAAGAAAUUAACAUGAUGUCCCCUGAUAAAAAUGCUCAAUGCACCUUAACUGCCCCUUUAGCCUUUCAUUACCACUGUGGAAUGGAGAAACAAUGUUCUAGACUUAAAUCACAUAUGCAGUCAUAAUUAGCUACCCACACCUCAAAGAAAUGCACAUUUCUGUACGUAAAAAGUGUUGCUCUAGUGGUAAAAUUGUUGCUUUUCCCAGUCACUGUAAAUAUAAAUAAUAUUUUGGCGGUGUACUCCUGUCUUUACUAGCCAUUCUAACAAGCUCUGUGAAUUAUGACAAUUCAUGCAGUGCUAAUUGAAGACAUGGUUUCAGUUCAUGAAGUUGUGCCACUCUACAAUUUAUUUUCAAGAACUCUUUAAAUAAAUUUAUACAUUAUUCUGUUACAGAAACGUUCCCAUUAUCUAAACUUGGUUUGUUGUCAAAUGAAUGCAUAUCUUGCAAUUGCGAAAAGUUUCUCUAUCACCCCGUACUACAUUCACACAACUUUAAAUGUUUUUCCUCUUAAGGAGGUACAAACUUUUUUCCUAGCAAUCCUAAAGAAAUAACUUUCCAGAUUGUUGCUUGAAAAUGACAGUUCACAUUUUUCAUCUCAUGAGUGUUUUUAAUGCAUUAGAAAAGCAACAAAAAAAUUAAAAGUAGAAGUGCAUUCUCAGCGCUUUCAAGGAUGCUUGUACUGACAUGCUUAAUAAACCUCUCUUGUCUAAAUUUGACAACAGCGACUUCUCAUACCUAUGCAACUUCAUAGCUAAAAUCAAUAAAAAUAACUCUGUUAUGGUUCAUAAUUUUAAGGCAAAUGUUCCUCAUUGUUGCAUUUCAUUAUCAGUACUUAGCCAAAGAGAAGACACUACUAAGAUAAUUUUGAAAAUUAAAAGCAAAAUUCUUUAUAAUUAGUCUUUUAUUAAUUUAGAGCAUUCAAAAUAUAAAAAUAAAAGGCUUUAAACAUACUGUAUAUACAUAUAUAGCCUUUGGUUUUACAUCCUUUCCAACAUGAUUUUUUUUCAGUUAAUAGCUCAGCCUGAUCUUUGAUAAAAAGAGAACCACUAAAAAGCAGAAAACAUGCAUUGUUUUAGAAAGCAAACCCAUGAAUGUGCCAUCCCAAUCCCCCAUCACUCAUGGGGUCUGAUUCAGUUUGACACUGGAGGUCUUCUGUACUGGGACCAUGCAAACACUGUGGGGCUGUCACAGAAGGGAGUACUUGGCUUCACUGAUUUCUUUGAAGACAUAUGACACUCUGGGAACAGAGUGUAGACUUUUCAGAUUAAAAACUUAAAUUCUGCACUCACGUAUACGAUUUCCCAAAUUAAUCCAUUCACCUCAGUGGGUUCACUCCAGAUUUAUACCCCUGUACCUGACAGCAGCAGUUGACCCUUAUUUGGUUGUUGGGUUUUUUUUUAUUAUUUUAAAUCCCUUUUUCUCCUUUGUUUAUUGUGAAGUGGCUUAAAGUUAUGUGGCUAAUAAUCUGAUGUGGUUUUCAGUUUACCCAUGAGUAUAGGCAGGGAAAAAAGUCCUUGGGCAAAGGAGUAUUCUGCAUUGUAAGUUUACACUUUAAAAAAUAAUAAUUGCUAUGUAAAUUCACACAAAAAAAAUCUAUCACAGGCAGUUCACCAAGAGCCAAGGUCAGGUACCUUUGCUCCCUCUGAACAACACUUUCUGUGCACAGUCCCACUGACUUUCCACUUGGGGGUAAGACAUAUACAGCAGGUAGAUGCACAAAGAGCUGUACCUAAACAAACACAAAACAAAAAUGGUUCACGGUGGUGUAUUCCCACAUGAGGAAUAAUUAACAUCAUGUCUUGUCCUUGCUUUAUAAAUUAUCCUGAUUUAGCUGAAAACAAGAUAAUGCAAAUGACUGAUACAAGCUAAGGAUCUGUCUCUCUGAGUAUCUCCCCGAACACACUAAUGCCUCAUGGGACUAUCGGAAAAGAUGACUUUUAUUCCAGAAAUGACCUUGUUGCUCCAGAAAAUUUUGAAAACUUUUAACAUAGGCACACUUUGUUACAGGCUUGUGAAUUCUUGGAGCUCAAAAAGCUGUGCUAUGAAAGGCUUCUCUUCAUUUUGUUGUUUUUUUUUUUUUUCCUUUGAAAUACCUUGUUUGUGCUGUAUGGGUAACAAUAAAUAGACAAUAAUUCUAUAAUCCCGUAAAAACAACUAGGUUGAAAGCUGAAAUCCUGUUGCCAGAUUAAUCAUUUAUUGACUCGUGACCUUUUUCUUAUCUUUCUUUUUAACCUCCAUUUUAUUUUUAGUGAAGAGCUUGUUGAGAAUUAAACCAAUUUUUCUUUCAUGGUGUUACAGUUCGACUUAUUUCAGCUACAACUGCAAAAAGGCAGAAUAACGUCCAUCAUGUCACUAACAGUGUGGCAGAGCAGAAUUGCACUUGUGUGCAUGUUACCUUUAGUGGUUUCAAAGAAACAUUCUUUAGAAAGUGUUCUACUGACUAACAAGGGUUUCAGCGUCUCGUUAAAGCUGAGCAGCUGUCGAAUGCCUUUGAGGCUGAAGGAUACGGGACCACAUCCGAGAUCAGAUCUUUCUUUCCUUAGGGCCAUAAUACAAUACCUGUGUUUUUUAUAGAAAUACAGUUCCAUUAACUAUUUUUUAAUGCAAAAAGCAAAGGUGGCAGCAGCCAGUUGAGUCCAUCUAUAUUUCAGUGGAUAUACUGUACGUAACAUAUGUACUGGUUACUUAGACUAUUACAAAAAUUUACCCACAGCUGUCUUGGUGAUGAAAGCUGGAAAUCCACAAAGAGAGGACUGUAUUGAGGGGACUGUAUUUUACCAUCCCACUGAAUGAAUGUUUAAUAUGGUAUGCAGAUAGAGCAAUAUUUGAAGAAUGAAGUUUUCUUCUCUGCUUUAGCUAUCUCUAGUGUAAUUUAAGUUAUUGCACAACAUUUAUAAAAAUACACAAUAUAUUAAUAAUCUAUGAAGGCUAUGAAAUGUCACACCAGGCUUAAUUUUUUUUCCACGUUCAUGUUCUGAACAUACCUACAGCAUGUGGAAAGCAUUCUGGAAUAAUAGUCAGAACUUUAUUAUUGCCCAAGGAAAACAGGUAAAUUUUCAAAGAUCAGAAUGUUAGCUCUCUUGGGAUUAAAGUUUAAAGCAAAAUAACUGGCACAGAGUACUUGCCACUGGAUACAGAAAUGUAGAAAAGGAAUUUGUUAAUAUUAAAUAAUAUCUGUGUAGCACCACCACCACUAUACCUAUAAGGG